AUGCUUUAUCACUCGGUAACGCAGAGUGUGUUUCCCUUCACUUUCUGGUUGGUGUGUAUCCGCUGUACGCCAGUGCUGGAAGACCAGAGUCGUUCCCUAACCAUUGACAGCUCAGCGCAGCUCAAUCCAAUGGCGGGCCAAUGGGCAGAGUCUGGACUUUUAUACUGUGAUAUGAUUCUUGAGGCUCCAGUUCCUCCCCCUGCUGAUCAGGUUCCAUGGUUCUGCACAUGCUCAUUGUGUGAAAGCAAUAAAGGGGAGAAAGGAGAAAGAGGAGACCGUGGAUUACCGGGAAAUCCUGGAGUUCUAGGAUUACGAGGGUUGACAGGACCUCGUGGUACAAUAGGAUUUGCAGGACAGCAGGGACUAAAAGGUGAGAAAGGAGAUGAAGGAUUGAAAGGAGAGCGAGGCCCAAUAGGACCAAUGGGCUCUAUAGGUGAUCAAGGGUUCAAAGGUGAUAAAGGGGAUCGUGGCGAGGACGGCAUGCUUGGAGAGCCAGGUCCAAAGGGAGAAGAUGGUCAGUGCCCACUGGACUGUGUCUCACUUAAGGGUCCUCCAGGUGAACCGGGUCUUCCUGGUGCAGUUGGAUUACCUGGGUUACUUGGGCAGGAUGGGCCUCCUGGUAUUAAAGGUCUGAAGGGUGAUCCAGGCAUUGAUGGCACACCAGGCACACCUGGACUCCCAGGGAUUAAAGGUGACCCAGGCAAGGAGGGAAACUGCUCGUGUAAAGAUGGACAAAAAGGUGAAGUGGGAUCUGAAGGAUCUAAGGGCAAUAAGGGAGAGCUAGGUCAGAUAGGGUCUCAGGGCGUUGCAGGGAAGAAGGGUUCUAAAGGAGAGACCGGGGAGAUGGGAUUGAUGGGAAUGCCUGGUCCAUGCAGCCCAGCCAUACAAUCUGCAUUCUCUGCUGCACUAAAAUCAUCAUUCCCAGUUGCCAAUCAGCCAGUAGUGUUCGGGCGUAUCAUCUAUAACCUGCAGCAGCACUACAACCCGAGCUCAGGUGUGUACACGGCACCGGUCAACGGCACCUAUGCAUUUAGCUUUCACUUGACUGCCUCUACCCGCACCCUGAAAGUUGGACUCUUCUGGAACUUCCAGCCUGUGGUGAAAAGCACACAAACAUACGAGUUAGGCUCUGUCUCACAGCAAGUAUUGCUACACCUGAGCGUAGGGGAUCAGGUGUGGCUCCAGGUGAAGGACAUUGUCAAUAACGGAAUGUUCACUAGUGCUGAGGCCAGUAGCACCUUUAGUGGCUUCCUGCUUGAACCUGACACCUGUGAAUUCAUCAUGGGCCGUGAGUUUCCUCCAUCAGUCAUCAGUGGGGAGUACACCUGGGGGGAUCCAGACCCCACCCUGAGCCCUAACGUCUAG